AUGACCGGCCGACCGCCUCCCGGAGGCUCCGCAACCUCCAAGAAUAACGAUCUGCUUCUCGAUCUUGACAACGACCAACCCGUCUAUAGCACAGGCCAGCGCUCGACUCUGACCGAUGACGACCUCCUCCACUCCUACGCCUACGAUCAGGAUGGUGCGCCAUCGCGUCCUUCUGUGUCCUACGAUGAUUUCGUUGGUUCCGGACAGCCAAGACAACCCGCCGGCAGGCCAUCAGCUGCCGGGCAAUCGAGUACCGCGUCGCGUCCGGUAGGGCCUUACGGCCCCGAGAUCGAUCGUCAGUACAGCCAAACAUCCGACCUGGGCAACUACCAAAGAUAUGCCGACGACUUCGAUGACUACCCGGACGAUGGCGGGUCAUAUUACCAGCACGGGGGUGCCAUGGCUGGGGGCGACCCGUCGUCGUCAGCGCAUGGCAACGCAAGGAUACGGAACAGUGUUCUGAGCCUAGGCGGCGGCUUUCUUGGGAGGGUAAAAAACAGGCUGGGAAUGGGCCAGGGAUACUCGGAGAUGGACCUCCCACUGACAGACCCACGAGCCGCCCGGACAGACAGCGCCGAGAUACCACCGCCAAAGGAGAAGAAGUUCGACAUGGGCAAUUUCAAGUUUGGCUUUGGGCGAGCAAAGCCCGAUCCCUCCACGCUUGGGCCCCGCAUCAUCCACCUCAACAACCCGCCUGCGAACGCCGCCAACAAGUACGUCGACAACCAUGUCUCCACGGCCAAGUACAACGUCGUCACCUUCCUCCCCAAGUUCCUCUUCGAGCAGUUUUCAAAGUUCGCCAACAUCUUCUUCUUGUUCACUGCUGGGUUGCAGCAAAUCCCGGGGCUCUCGCCUACCAACCAGUACACCACCAUCGGUCCGCUUAUUGUCGUGCUCAUGGUCUCGGCAGGUAAGGAGUUGGUGGAAGAUUAUCGGCGGAAACAGGCCGACAAGGCACUCAACAUGUCUAAGGCCCGCGUCCUGCGCGGCUCCACCUUCACCGAGACAAAAUGGAUCAAUCUAGCGGUCGGGGAUAUCGUUCGAGUCGAGUCUGAAGAGCCAUUUCCCGCUGACCUGGUACUUUUGGCUAGCUCGGAGCCCGAGGGUCUGUGCUAUAUCGAGACAGCCAACUUGGACGGCGAGACCAACCUCAAAAUCAAGCAGGCUCUGCCCGAAACCUCGUCCAUGGUGAGCUCGACCGAGCUCAGCCGGCUGGGGGGCAGGAUUCGAUCCGAGCAGCCGAACAGCAGCCUGUACACGUACGAAGCCACUCUGACGAUGCAGGCUGGCGGAGGAGAAAAGGAGCUGCCCCUGAAUCCGGAGCAGCUGCUCCUCCGUGGUGCAACCUUGCGGAAUACCCCGUGGAUUCAUGGCGUGGUUGUAUUCACCGGUCACGAGACGAAGCUGAUGCGGAAUGCGACGGCAGCACCCAUCAAGCGGACCAAGGUUGAGAGGCAGCUCAACAAACUCGUCCUGAUGCUGGUCGGUAUGCUGUUGGUGCUCAGCGUCAUCUCGACCGUCGGCGACCUGGUCACGCGGGGUGUCUCGGGCGGCUCUCUCAACUACCUCGCCUUGGACAGGCUAGAUGGUGCCGCUGCCGUCGCUCGCAUCUUUAUCAAGGACAUGGUCACUUACUGGGUGCUUUUCUCUGCGCUGGUCCCCAUCUCGCUUUUCGUAACCCUCGAAUUGGUCAAGUAUUGGCAUGGCAUUCUGAUCAACGACGACCUGGAUAUCUACUACGAAGCCACCGACACGCCUGCAAACUGCCGCACUUCCAGCUUGGUGGAGGAGCUGGGAAUGGUUGAAUACGUCUUCUCGGACAAGACUGGGACCCUUACCUGCAACAUGAUGGAAUUCAAGGCGUGUUCGAUUGCCGGUAUCAUGUACGCCGAGACUGUGCCGGAGGACCGCGUUCCGACGAUCGAGGACGGCGUGGAGGUUGGAAUCCACGAGUUCAAGCAGCUGAAGGAGAACCUGAAGGGCCACGCAACUGCCCAAGCCAUCGACCACUUCGUCACGCUGCUUGCCAUCUGCCACACCGUUAUUCCCGAGCAGGAAGAGUCGGGGAGUAUCAAGUACCAGGCCGCUUCGCCCGACGAGGGAGCCCUUGUUGAAGGUGCUGUGCAACUCGGCUACAGAUUCGUCGCGCGCAAGCCUCGUGCUGUCAUUGUCGAGGUCAACGGCGAGCAACUCGAGUACGAACUCCUAGCAGUUUGCGAAUUCAACUCGACCCGGAAGAGGAUGUCUACCAUCUAUCGCUGCCCCGACGGCAAGAUUCGGUGCUAUUGCAAGGGCGCAGACACGGUGAUCCUGGAGCGCCUGAAUGAUAGCAACCCGCACGUCGAUGUCACCCUUCGUCAUCUCGAAGAAUACGCCUCCGAAGGCCUGCGGACGCUCUGCUUGGCCAUGCGCGAGAUUCCCGAGCAUGAGUUCCAGGAAUGGUAUCAGGUCUACGAAAAGGCGCAGACGACUGUGGGCGGGAAUCGUGCCGAGGAGUUGGACAAGGCUGCCGAAAUCAUCGAGCAUGACUUUUACCUCUUGGGCGCUACCGCCAUCGAGGACCGACUCCAGGACGGUGUGCCCGAGACGAUCCAUACGCUUCAGGAAGCCGGUAUCAAGGUUUGGGUCCUGACUGGCGACAGACAAGAGACUGCCAUUAACAUUGGCAUGAGCUGUAAGCUCCUCAGCGAGGACAUGAUGCUUCUGAUCGUCAACGAGGAGAAUGCCGAAGCGACAAGAGACAACUUGCAGAAGAAGCUGGAUGCUAUCCGGAAUCAGGGCGAUGCGACCAUCGAGAUGGGCACUUUGGCUCUCGUGAUUGACGGAAAGUCGUUGACGUACGCGCUGGAGAAGGAUUUGGAAAAGCUCUUCCUGGACCUUGCCGUGAAGUGCAAGGCUGUCAUCUGCUGCCGCGUGUCACCGCUGCAGAAGGCAAUGGUGGUGAAGCUGGUCAAGAAGUACCAGAAGGAGUCGAUUUCGCUCGCUAUCGGGGACGGGGCGAACGAUGUCUCGAUGAUUCAGGCCGCCCACAUUGGUAUCGGCAUUAGCGGUGUGGAAGGUCUCCAAGCCGCCCGAAGCGCAGACGUCUCGAUCGCCCAAUUUCGCUUCCUCCGCAAGCUGCUUCUUGUCCACGGAGCUUGGAGUUACCACCGGGUCGCCAAGGCGAUUUUGUUCUCGUUCUACAAGAACAUUACGCUCUAUCUGACACAGUUUUGGUACGUGUUCCAAAACGUCUUUUCUGGCGAAGUCAUCUACGAGUCCUGGACGCUCUCCUUCUACAACGUCUUUUACACCGUGCUUCCUCCUCUGGUCCUGGGUAUCUUGGACCAAUUCGUAUCGGCCCGCCUGCUCGACCGCUACCCGCAGCUGUACUCGCUCGGUCAAAACAACAGCUUCUUCCGGAUCCGGGUGUUCACCUCGUGGAUUCUCAAUGCUGUCUAUCACUCCAUCAUCCUCUACAUUGGCGGCUCCCUCUUCUACAUUUACGACGGCGUCCAAAGCGACAGCAUCCCGGCUGGGAAGUGGGUCUGGGGGACGGCCAUGUACGGUGCGGUCCUGUUGACAGUCCUCGGCAAGGCUGCUCUCGUCACCAACAACUGGACAAAGUACCACGUCAUUGCCAUCCCCGGCAGCAUGGCCAUCUGGAUUGUGUUCAUUGCUGUCUACGGAACCGUUGCCCCCAAGCUGCACUUCUCGACCGAGUACUUUGGUGUGGUCCCGCGGCUGUUCACCAGCCCUUCCUUCUGGCUCCAGCUGCCGACGCUGGCGGUCCUGUGUCUGGCGAGGGAUUUUGCCUGGAAGUUUAGCAAGCGGCUGUGGCGUCCCGAGCCGUAUCACCAUGUGCAGGAGAUCCAGAAGUAUAACAUCCAGGAUUACAGGCCGAGGAUGGAGCAAUUCCAGAAGGCCAUCCGCAAGGUCAGGCAGGUGCAGCGUAUGCGCAAGCAGCGCGGAUAUGCCUUCUCGCAGGCAGAUGAGUCGCAGACCCGGGUUCUGCAGGCGUAUGACACGACGCAGCAUCGUGGGCGGUAUGGUGAGAUGGCGAGCUCGAGGCCGCAUUAG